AUGCCUGAAGCUGAAGAUCACUUGCCCAUGCAUGUCCAUGACCUACCCCAGCUCUACACCAAACCGUCUGCCUCCGUUUUGCUUCACACGCUUGAUGGACUUGAACAAAAACCACCUUCGCUCUCCAAUGUCAUGCAGGACCGCGAUGGUCCACUCAGGCAAAUUUACCCCAAUGGCCUGCCUGGAUACUUGACUUCCAUCAUUUCCUCUUCCCUCCAUUGGAUUGUAGAUGAGGAUUUGAAGGAGCAAAUAUGGACAGCUGCAAGUGCAAGACUCAGUGAGAGAUCUGGAAGGACCGCUAUGCCUAGCAUGAUGAGGGCUUUUGAUGUGCCUGUAUCCAAAGGUCCAAAUGCUAGGAUUCAGUUGGCUGAGCCAUCCUUGACGAGCGACAAUCUGGGAUUGAAGACUUGGACAUCGUCCGUCUUGCUUUCGAGACGAUUGAUUUCACUGCAUCGACACGUGCAUCAACCUCAUCCACGGGUACUUGAACUUGGCGCCGGGACUGGAUUGGUUGGUAUAGCUGCUGCUUGUUGCUGGGCAGCCAGUGUAACAUUGACAGACCUUCCCGAGAUCUUGCCGAAUCUGCAGGGGAACAUUGACAACAAUAACAAAGUGAUGGAAGCUUGUGGAGGCAAUGCCCAUGGACUGCCUCUUGAUUGGGCGGAUGACACAAACUGUCCGGAGGAUGAUGAUGGCCGUUAUUCUAUUAUUCUUGCGGCCGACCCCCUAUAUUCAUCUGAUCAUCCUAAGAUGCUUGUCGAAACCUUACAACGAUGGAUUGGGCAUACCGCGGAUGCAAGGUUCAUCAUCGAGUUGCCUCUUAGGGACGGCUAUGAGCAGGAAAGGGAAGAUCUAAAGACCAGACUUAGUGACAUCGGCUUAGAAGUUGCGGAAGAAGGGUACGAACAUGGUGCGGAAGACUGGGAAAAUAGGGUGGGUGAGCAGGCUGUGGGGAAAUAUUGGUGGACCGUGUGGUGUCACAGGGCCCCGGCACCGGAUGCGUGA